AUGCAGCGCAGAAUCACCACGGCAUCAACCCUAGGCGCAGAGCCUGUAGUGGCAGAAAGGCAGGUCUUCACUCCGCCACCAAUCACCUAUUCCGUUGAAAGAGAAGAUCCCUAUUGGAAGAAGAUCCCUAGGUGGGAAGAUGUUACGGCAGAUCAAUUCCUGAGUCACAAGUGGCAGAUGGGAAACACGGUUCAAAGCGCAGCUGGCCUUGUAGAGUUCCUCUCGUCAGUCUUGCCAGCUACGAUUCCCCCGCAGAGAGACAUGGAAAGUUGGCUUCGAAUUACAGAUAUACGCACUCGGGAAGACUUCAUUGAACGGGUCCUAGAGGGAAUCAAGAAGGCCCCCAUGGCCAUUCGGUUGUCCCCUCACAUACUCAGCGUGGUAAACUGGUCUGAUCCAUUGAACGACCCGGUCAGACGGCAGUUUGUGCCGAUUUCCUCCCCACUGAAUAUCGACCACCCAAUGGCGGUGUUGGACCCAAUGCAUGAAGACAAGUAUUCGCCUGUGGAUGGGUUGAUCCACCGAUAUCCGGACCGGGCCCUUUUUUUUGCAACAUCUAUCUGCCCUGUGUACUGCCGCUUCUGCUUCCGCUCCUAUACCGUCGGUACAGAAACGGAAUCGGUCAAGAAGAAGCGCUUCCUCCCUCUGCCGAAGAAAUGGGCCCCUCGAUUCGAGUACAUUGAGAAAACACCGUCGCUCAGAGACAUCGUCGUCUCAGGCGGAGACACGUACCUCCUUGAACCGUCACAGCUGCAUUACAUCGGCGACCGACUCCUGGGUAUCCCCCACAUCCGUCGAUUCCGCUUCGCCAGUAAGGGACUUGGCGUGUCCCCUAGUCGACUUAUCGACCCGAACGAUAACUGGACAGAUACUGUCAUUGAGCUCGAUCGCCGAGCCCGUAGGGCAGGCAAGCAUAUCUGUAUCCACACGCAUAUCAAUCACCCCAAUGAGAUCACCUGGGUGACGAGGCGCGGUGCGCAGCGUCUGUACGAGGCUGGGGUCACCGUGCGGAAUCAAUCUGUGCUCCUGAAUGGGGUUAACAAUACUCUUGAGACCAUGACAGAGCUUGUUCAUGCGCUUGGAGAUAUUAACAUUCAGCCGUACUACGUCUACCAAGGGGAUAUCGUCCCUGGGGCAGAGGAUCUCCGCACCCCGCUGAGCCAUGGUCUACAUCUGGAGCGGCAUAUUCGCGGACGUAUUGCGGGAUUUCUUGUCCCGAACUUCAUUCUCGACCUACCAGCCGAGGGUGGAAAGCGAUUGAUUCGAUCUGUCGAGAGCUAUGACCGGCGCAUUGGGCUGGCUACAUUUUCUGCGCCAGGCCUGAAGGGGGAUCCCACGGAGAUGCAGUAUUGGGAUCCGUUGUGGUCACUUUCCCAGGAUGCCAGAGAGGAGGUCUUGGAGAAGUAUGGUGGGAAGUAG